UUCCCAUUGACGGCACCACUGAAUCUAAAACACAGGUAAAAUAAUUACAGGUAACAGCAUUUGACUCGAUCGUGUCGUGAGAGUAGAGUGUAUGUGAGUUUAUAGUGCUUCGUGAACCCUGUAUAAUUAAAACCUUGUGACUCGUAUAGUGUUACACAAAAGCUCACAAAAAUGCCUAGGAUUAUUUACUAAAAGGAUACUAUUCAUUCAUAACAGAUUAGUUGAUGACUUUCCACCAUGGUGAUAGUGACGCGGGGUGAUUACAUAUGGAUAGAACCAACGACUGGCUCGGAAUUCGACGUGGCAAUCGGGGCAUGCGUGGUAUCAGCUGAAGGAAGAAGAAUCGCCGUUAGAGAUGACGAUGGUAACGAGCACUGGCUUUCCCCCGAGAGACGCAUCAAAGCGAUGCACGCCACUUCCAUUCAUGGCGUGGAAGACAUGAUUAGCUUGGGGGAUCUCCACGAAGCCGGUAUUCUCAGGAAUCUUUUAAUUAGAUACAACGAAAAUCUCAUUUACACAUACACUGGAUCAAUUUUAGUUGCAGUCAAUCCAUAUCAAAUUCUUCCAAUAUACACUGCCGAUCAAAUCAAAUUAUACAAAGAACGAAAAAUAGGCGAACUACCUCCGCACAUAUUUGCCAUCGGUGAUAAUUCGUAUGGACAUAUGAGAAGGUAUGGACAAGAUCAAUGUAUAGUUAUCUCUGGUGAAUCUGGUGCAGGAAAGACGGAAAGUACAAAACUAAUACUCCAAUAUUUAGCAGCUAUCAGCGGUAAACAUUCUUGGAUAGAACAACAAAUUUUAGAAGCCAAUCCCAUCUUAGAAGCUUUUGGAAACGCAAAAACAGUGAGGAACGACAACAGCUCUAGGUUUGGAAAGUACAUUGAUAUUCAUUUUAAUAAGGAUGGAGUUAUCGAAGGGGCAAAAAUUGAACAGUAUUUGUUAGAAAAAAGUAGGAUAGUUUCUCAAAAUCCCGAGGAAAGAAAUUACCACGUUUUUUAUUGUUUGUUGGCCGGAUUAGGGAAAGAGGAUAAGAGGAAGUUAGAAUUAGGUGAUGCCAGUCAGUACCGGUAUCUUACAGGGGGAGGAUGCAUAAAGUGCGAAGGAAGGGACGACACCGCAGAGUUCGCAGACAUUCGAAGCGCCAUGAAAGUUCUUUUAUUCUCAGACUCAGAAAUAUGGGAAGUAAUGAAACUCCUAGCAGCCAUCUUGCACAUCGGAAACAUCAAAUACAAAGCAACCGUUGUAGAUAACCUGGACGCGACUGAAAUUCCCGAUCCUACAAAUGUCCACAGAGUUGCUAAUCUUCUAGGAGUUCCUGCUCAACUACUAAUUGAUGCGCUUACUCGGAAAACUCUUUUCGCUCAUGGUGAAACAGUUGUUUCUACCUUAUCCAGAGAACAAAGUGUUGAUGUAAGAGAUGCUUUUGUAAAAGGUAUUUACGGCAGAAUGUUUGUUCAUAUAGUGAAAAAAAUUAAUAAAGCCAUUUAUAGACCUAAAGAGAGACAAAGAAGCUCAAUCGGAGUUUUAGAUAUAUUUGGUUUUGAAAAUUUCGAUCACAAUAGUUUUGAACAGUUUUGCAUAAAUUUUGCAAACGAAAAUCUUCAACAAUUUUUUGUGAGGCAUAUAUUUAAACUGGAACAAGAGGAAUAUAAUCUGGAAGGUAUUAACUGGCAGCAUAUUGAAUUCGUUGAUAACCAGGAUGCGCUUGACUUGAUUGCCAUCAAACAAUUAAAUAUUAUGGCACUUAUAGAUGAAGAAAGUAAAUUUCCUAAAGGAACUGACCAAACCUUCCUGGCAAAACUACACAAGCAACAUGGUCGACACAGAAAUUAUCUCAAGCCUAGAUCUGAUAUAAACACUAGCUUUGGUUUAAACCAUUUCGCCGGAAUUGUUUUCUACGAUACACGUGGAUUUUUAGAGAAGAAUAGGGACACCUUCAGUCCAGAUUUACUACAACUUAUCACUAUAAGUGGCAACAAGUUUUUACAACAAAUCUUUGCCGAUGAUAUUGGAAUGGGAUCUGAAACUAGAAAGCGAACACCAACAUUAUCUACUCAAUUUAAGAAAAGUUUGGAUUCGUUAAUGAGGACAUUGUCCAAUUGUCAACCGUUCUUUAUUCGGUGUAUAAAACCUAAUGAAUUCAAAAAACCGAUGAUGUUCGAUCGAACGUUAUGCUGUAGGCAGUUACGGUAUUCUGGCAUGAUGGAAACUAUUCGAAUCCGGAGGGCAGGUUAUCCCAUAAGACAUAGCUUUGCUGAAUUUGUGGAGAGAUACAGGUUUCUCAUUUCUGGGGUUCCCCCAGCUCAUAAGACUGAAUGCAGGAGCGCAACUACAAGAAUUUGUUCCUUAGUUUUAGGAAGAUCUGACUAUCAACUCGGCCAUAAUAAAGUUUUUUUAAAAGAUGCUCACGAUCUGUUUCUGGAACAAGAGAGAGAUAGGGUGCUCACCAAAAAGAUCCUUAUUUUACAAAGGUCCAUACGAGGGUGGGUAUACAGAAGACGUUAUCUUCGCCUAAAAGCUGCAACGAUAAUAAUCCAGAAGUACUGGAAGGCUUAUAUCCAAAGACAGAAAUACAAAAAGAUGCGCUUGGGCUACACUCGUCUGCAAGCUCUCAUCCGUGCCAGAGUACUUUCCCAUAGGUUCAGGCACUUACGAGGACACGUGGUAGGACUACAGGCACACGCCAGAGGAUACUUGGUGAGGAGAGAGUACGGGUAUAAGAUGUGGGCCAUUAUUAAGAUACAGUCACACGUGAGAAGGAUGAUAGCUCAAAGGAGAUAUAAAAAGAUUAAGUUUGAACAAAAACGGCACGUGGAGGCUCUUCGGCUGAAGAAGAAAGAAGAGAGAGAGUUAAAAGACGCUGGUAACAAGAGAGCUAAAGAGAUUGCAGAACAAAAUUAUAGGGAGCGAAUAUAUCAACUAGAAAAGAAAGAAAUGGAACUCGAAAUGGAAGAAAGAAAACUUGUCGAAGAGAAAAAAAAUAAAAUCAAUGAAGCAGCUAGAAAAGCAGAUGAACCGGUGGACGAUUCAAAAUUGGUGGAAGCCAUGUUUGAUUUUCUACCUGAUAGUUCAAGCGAAGCACCUACACCAGGUAGAGAAACUUCAGUGUUUAACGAUCUGCCAUCCAGGCCAGCAGAAAAUGAAAUAAUUAGUCCUCUUACAACAGCCUCAGAUGACGAAGAAGACCUUAGCGAAUUUAAAUUCCAAAAAUUCGCAGCUACAUAUUUUCAAGGCAAUGUUGGCCAUCAGUAUUCUAGAAAGCCUUUAAAACAUCCAUUACUACCUUUGCACACACAAGGAGAUCAACUGGCUGCUCAAGCAUUAUGGAUAACGAUUCUACGUUUUACCGGCGAUCUUCCAGAACCACGAUACCACACUAUGGACAGAGACAAUACAUCGGUCAUGUCGAAAGUAACAGCUACCUUAGGUCGAAACUUCAUUCGUAGUAAAGAGUUCCAAGAAGCUCAACUGAUGGGUUUAGAUCCGGAUUCUUACCUAAAACAAAAACCAAGAUCUAUUAGAAAUAAAUUGGUAUCGUUGACGUUAAAAAGAAAAAAUAAACUGGGUGAAGACGUUAGGAAGAAGCUUCAAGAUGAGGAAUACACUGCGGAUAGCUAUCAAUCGUGGCUAGAGACCAGGCCGACUAGUAAUUUGGAAAAAUUACAUUUUAUUAUUGGACAUGGUAUACUCAGAGCUGAACUCAGAGAUGAGAUAUAUUGUCAAAUUUGUAAACAACUGACUAAUAACCCGUCCAAAUCGUCGCAUGCGAGAGGAUGGAUUCUUCUUUCACUUUGUGUUGGAUGUUUCGCGCCUUCGGAAAAAUUUGUCAGUUAUUUAAGAGCAUUCAUCAGGGAAGGUCCGCCAGGUUAUGCUCCAUAUUGCGAGGACCGUCUGAAACGAACCUUCAACAACGGCACUAGAAACCAACCACCGAGUUGGCUAGAACUCCAAGCAACCAAGUCAAAAAAGCCUAUAAUGUUACCUAUCACAUUUAUGGAUGGAAACACGAAAACUUUACUAGCGGAUUCGGCUACGACCGCCCGUGAACUCUGCAACCAGUUAUCAGAUAAAAUAGGAUUGAAGGACCAAUUUGGAUUUUCGUUAUACAUUGCCUUGUUCGAUAAAGUGUCUUCUCUAGGUAGCGGAGGAGAUCACGUUAUGGAUGCCAUAUCACAGUGUGAACAAUAUGCAAAAGAACAAGGUGCUCAAGAACGCAACGCCCCAUGGCGAUUAUUCUUCCGAAAGGAGAUUUUUGCUCCGUGGCAUGAACCUACCGAAGACCAAGUAGCAACUAACUUGAUCUACCAACAAGUUGUCCGCGGAGUCAAAUUUGGAGAGUACCGAUGUGAUAAAGAAGAAGACCUAGCCAUGAUAGCAGCCCAACAAUACUACAUAGAAUAUAUUAGUGACAUGAACGUGGAAAGACUGUUGACGCUUUUGCCGAAUUAUAUUCCAGAUUACUGUUUGACUGGUGUAGAAAAAGCGGUGGAUAGAUGGGCAGCCCUUGUUGUUCAAGCUUAUAAGAAGAGUUACUACGUGAAAGAAAAGGUUCCAUCGUUACGAGUGAAAGAAGACGUGGUUAGCUACGCAAAAUUCAAGUGGCCCUUACUGUUUUCAAGAUUCUACGAAGCUUAUCGCAAUUCAGGCCCCAACCUUCCUAAAAACGAUGUUAUUAUUGCAGUCAAUUGGACUGGAGUUUACGUUGUCGAUGAUCAGGAACAAGUUUUACUGGAACUUUCUUUUCCCGAAAUCACGACAGUGUCAAGUCAAAAAACGAACAAAGUGUUUACUCAAACAUUUAGUCUGAAUACUGUUAGGGGAGAGGAGUUUACUUUCCAAAGUCCAAACGCAGAGGAUAUAAGGGAUCUGGUUGUUUAUUUCUUGGAAGGAUUGAAAAAGCGAUCAAAAUUUGUGAUAGCUUUGCAAGAUUACAAGGCCCCAGGAGAAGGGUCCAGUUUUCUGACAUUUAUGAAAGGUGAUCUGAUAAUUUUGGAAGAAGAUAGCACUGGUGAGACCGUUUUAAACUCCGGAUGGUGCGUAGGAAGGUGCGAGAGAACGCAAGAAAAGGGUGACUUUCCAGCAGAGACUGUUUAUGUUCUGCCGUGCAUGUCCAAGCCCCCUGCCGAUAUUUUGCAGCUGUUUUCAGUUGAGGGAGCCGAGCACGGCCGAAGAUUAAGUCAACAAUACUCAGUAAACGGCACCGAAUCCAGAGACCGUCCUCAUACUCUAGCCGAAUAUGCCAUCGACCAUUUCCGUCCCCCACUUAAACGAACAAUGUCGAAAGCACUUACCCUUACCGCCAACCGAAGAGGCAAUGACGAUCUUUGGAGACAUUCACGAGAUCCCAUUAAACAACCCCUUUUGAAGAAAUUGUUGAUGAAAGAAGAAUUGGCUGAAGAAGCUUGUUUCGCGUUCAGUGCUAUAUUAAAAUAUAUGGGAGAUUUGCCAUCGAAGAGACCUAGAUUAGGGAAUGAGUAUACGGAUCAUAUUUUUGAUGGACCGCUUAAGCAUGAAAUCCUCAGAGAUGAGAUAUAUUGUCAAAUUAUGAAACAAUUAACAGAUAAUAGAAAUAGAUUAUCAGAAGAAAGAGGCUGGGAAUUAAUGUGGCUGGCCACUGGACUUUUCAGUUGUUCCCAAAGCCUCUUAAAAGAACUUACCCUUUUCCUUAGAAGUAGAAGGCAUCCAAUAUCUUUAGAUUCCCUCCAAAGGCUGCAAAAGACCUUAAGAAAUGGCCAGCGAAAAUAUCCACCCCAUCAAGUCGAAGUAGAAGCCAUUCAGCAUAUGACAACGCAAAUUUUCCAUAAAGUGUAUUUCCCAGAUGAUACCGAUGAAGCUUUUGAAGUUGAUUCCAGUACUAGAGCUAAAGAUUUUUGCCAGAAUAUUAGUCAAAGAUUAAAUCUAAGAUCUAGCGAAGGAUUUAGUCUCUUUGUUAAAAUUGCAGAUAAGGUAAUCUCAGUUCCAGAAGGAGACUUCUUCUUUGAUUUUGUGCGGCAUUUGACGGAUUGGAUCCGUAAGGCACGUCCAACAAGAGACGGCAUCACACCGCAAUUUUCAUACCAAGUAUUUUUCAUGAAGAAGUUGUGGACAAACACUGUGCCAGGCAAGGAUCGAAAUGCGGAUUUAAUUUUCCAUUUCCAUCAAGAACUACCUAAAUUGAUCCGAGGCUACCACAAGUGUAGUAAAGAGGAAUCUAUCAAACUGGCAGCUAUAGUAUAUAGAGUUCGGUUUGGAGAAAGUAAGCAGGAGCUGCAAGCCAUACCACAAAUGCUACGUGAGCUGGUUCCAGCCGACCUGAUCAAACUACAAGGAAUUAACGACUGGAAGAGAUCGAUAGUAGCGGCUUAUAAUCAAGACGCUGGAAUGAGUCCCGAAGAUGCAAAAAUUACAUUUUUGAAAAUAGUCUACCGUUGGCCCACUUUCGGAUCAGCCUUCUUUGAAGUGAAGCAGACCACUGAUCCCAACUAUCCAGAAAUGCUCCUCAUAGCUAUUAAUAAACAUGGAGUUAGUCUUAUUCAUCCGCAGUCUAAAGAUAUUUUGGUAACGCAUCCCUUCACCAGAAUUUCCAAUUGGUCUUCCGGCAACACGUACUUCCAUAUGACCAUAGGAAACUUAGUUAGGGGAUCAAAAUUGUUGUGUGAGACCUCCUUAGGUUAUAAAAUGGACGAUCUUUUAACGUCUUACAUUUCACUCAUGUUGACGAACAUGAACAAGCAAAGGAGUAUAAGGAUAAAGUAGUUUCAAAAAAGGCAAUAUUAGGAUAUAGAAAAUAUAAAUAUGUUUGUAUACCUAUACAUAUCUAAACAACAAAAACUAAACGAUAUUAGAUUGUUAUGGUAGAUAAUUUGAAUUUAGUACACUUUUAUUUAAAAUCUACAUUAAAAUUAGCUUUUUUAUAUUUCUGUUCUGUUGAGGAAGCUGUAAAGGUAACAAUCGUUAUAAAUAAGCUCUUAUAAAUAUGCAAAUUUUAUUAGGAUCAUCUAUAAAAAAAAGCUCUAUCUAUAUACCUAAUUUUUAAAUUGUUAGCAAAUUAUGUUCAAAAACGUAUAUGUAUAUUUUUUAUCUAACGUGUUUCGUACAUCUAGAGGUAGAAGGGGGUAUGUAACUGCGCAUUUCAUAAAACUCAAGCAACAACUCACGAAAAGAGGCACUUUAUAAACGUGCACAAACAUCUUAAGAAAGUAGUUCGCUGCUAGACCAAAUGUGAGGUCUAUUGUUUUAAUAAUUUUCUUGGAAUCUCUAUGUUUUGUUAAAUGGAGAUGGGCGGGACAUGUUGCAAGAAUGAAAGACGACAGAUGAACAAAAAAAUUGCUUGAGUGAAGACCACGGGCAGACAAGCGAAGCCAAGGAAGACCCGCAACGCGAUGACCAGACGACCUCAAAAGACUUGUGACCAAUUGGAUAGCAGAGGUGCAGAACAGAAGAAGAAGGAAAUUUCUAGAGGGAAACUAUGUUCAACAAUGGAAAAAUCAGGGCUAAUUGAUGAUGACGAUCACGAUAAUCUUUUGUUGGAUUUCCUUUGUUUCCUUGUCAACUACUCUUGGCGGGAACCUGAUCUCCGCCCUAUUUUCAUUCUAAAAUAGAUAGGUUUUCAUUUAGUCAUAGUAACUCUUAUAACGAUGGUUAAGAGCGCAGAUAUAGUAUGUCCAAAUACCUUAAUUCUUGAGGAGAACGUUUUGAAGUUUUCGCGUUACUUUUUGUUAGAUACUGGUGAUAUACCGAAAUAUCAUGUUUGGGUAAUAAGUUCGGGUAUCAUUACUAGCUUAAUGUAGAUAUUUUUUAAAAUAUUUUGUAUUAUUGGGUUAAAAAUAUUUUUUUAAAUGUGUAUGGACAUACAACAUAAGGGUUCUUACUGUUUGGACAUACAACAUGUGUAACCUAGAUUAAUAAAAUAAUGAGUUUGGAAAAGUUCUCUUUAUUUUAUUCUUUUUUUGUUAAAACAAAAAGUGGGACAAAACAGUAAAACAGAAUCAUUCAGAAUCAUCUUCUUCAUCUUCAGGGGUCCGCCAAGGUACAAGAUCUUUUGUUUUUCUUGAUGUCGGAAGACUUUCAAAAUACGUUUUAUAAAUUGUUGGUAUGAUCUCCUUAUUUAGUAAAUACAAUAAGUCUUUCUUUUUUGCCUCAGAUAUGAAAAUGUAUUUUUUGAUAUUUGGCUUUUAGCUGGACAUUUGUCCAUGCAACUUGUGUAAUUUGUUUAGUAUGUCUUUUGUUUUGUAUGACAUCAAACUCUAAAAAUUGUUCAUUAGUCAAUUAAUAAUAUUUAUAUUGAAUAACAGCUGGCCUUGUUUUUUCGAAUCGGAACCAGUUAGAGAUAGUGCAAACACUCCUGACCAUGGAGCUGCGCGAAGGCGGAUAUUUUCACGUUGAGUACAGUGCGUUUCGCAUGGAAGUGCGAAAUUUCGUCUACUGCGCCGUGGUCAUGAGUGUUUGCACUACCUCUAACCUGGAGCCAUUUUAUUGCAUCACCUAACGUAUUUUUCUUAUUUUGUAUUAUAAUGGAAGCAAGAUUCUGCAGGUCAUAAAAAUCUGAAUGGUUCAGUCUACGUACUUCUAAGGUUUUGGUUUGUGUCUUGCUAAUCAAAAGUGCCCAUUCUUCGGUCGUGAAUAUCUUUUUGUGCUUACGAGCAUGCUCAAUUGUUGCAUGAAUUGAGUCAGCUUCCAAAUAAGAAUGGCCAGAUUCCAUAAACUUUAGGUCGAUCGUUUUAAGGUUGUCAAUUUUUGCAACAGUGUAUAGCAUCAAAGCACAAACAAACUGGUUGCGAUUUUGCCCACCACAUGUGUCUGAGAAAGUGGCUACAUGUUCAACGGUUUUUGGCAAAUUAUACGGGUAUUUUAAAAGGCAUGUACCUAUCUCUGAGGCACCUUUGGAACCCUGGGUUUCAUCCCACACAUAGCAGUGACCAUUUUGAUCAAAUGAGUCAUAAGUGGUAAAAUUAAAAACUGAAAGUUUUCGUUUGUAAUAAAUCUGAGGAUCUGCAGAAAAUGGCACUGUCAAAAUUGCUUCCAAGUCAAACGUGAUCGCUCUAUAAUUGACUUCUUUUACUUCAAUAGCUUUCUUCUUGUCUGCUUUUUUCAUUGCUAUAGCUUCUUCUUCCCUUUGCUUAUGGAGUUUCCAAUUAUUUUCCAAAGAAAAUUUGUCUGAGGCCUUAUAAUAAAUAUUGCAUGUAUAAUAUUGAUCCUUUUUGAGAAUGUGGAAGGACAGCUGUGGAAGAGCACAAAUAUUGCAUGUCCGGACAAACAAUAUUUACAGCCAUGAUAAGUUUGAUAGCGUGAGCACUAAUAUUGUAUAUCCAAAACAUACUAUGUUUUGUGCACUUCCAACGGACAUAAUAUAUCUGUGCAAGUCGGUUUUUAGUACAAAUGGGAAAUACUAUAUUUUGGCAAGGCGGUUUAACCCAUUUAAAAUCAUUCUGGACUUACAAUAAUUAUGCAGAACAUUCAUAUGGCCCUACUGAAUAUUCUUAUGAUGUCUUAAAAUCAGCAUAAAGUGGAUCUGCGCUCUUAACCAUCGAUAAUGCCUUUCCGGCCGAUAGAACUGUCUUGCCUUCUUCGAAGCAUGUUCGAAGCUGUGACAUCCACAAUUUCGACUGUUCCUUGGUCCUUGCCAUGAUCUGUUAGGUACCAGUGGAUCCAUGUUUCGUCUACGGUUACGAAACGACGUAGAAACUCCUUCGAAUUAUGCUUAACUAGCGUCAAACACUGCUCUGAAGUGGUUACGUGGUUGCGCUUGUUGACCAGACUGCGCAAACGCAGCACCCAUCAUGCCGACAGCUUUCUCAUGCCCAAAAUUUUAUGCAGGAUAUCACCCACGCGGUUUUUUGAGAUGCCUACUGUCUCAGCUUUCUCGCGAACCUUCAGUCGGCGGUUUGGAAAACGAGAUCGUGGAUUUUUGUCAAGUUGUCCUCCGUGGUAACCAUUUUCGGGGCACCUAGAACAUGAUGAAACACGUUAAACCAAUUUUUUACGGUUACCAUCUGAAACGAAAUCGACAAUAGACUACCCCAGCUAAUUGAAAUAAUAUUCGAAAAUAUUAUUCCAAUCAUCCAAGAUAGCUAUCGUUCACCCCAGCCUAGCUCAGUCUCUCAAGGUAUGUGUUCGUCUUGUCCUAAUCUUAGAAUAUGAACUCUGAAAAUUUAGAAUGGAAGCAAACAAAACAAUAUUUUUAACCAAUCAUGUUUAUUGUUCAAUAAAGAUAUAAUGAAAAUGUGGCUUAUUAUAUGCAUUAACAAAUAUAUUCAAAUUUUUGCCAAAAACUAACAAUUUGUAGAUUAUACUUAUGGCUUUUGGUAUCGGUUCGAUGGUAACUUCUUGAUGUCGCAUGGUACUGCUGUAGACUUCUUGUAGACCUGGGCAGAUGUUCGGCCCUAGGCCCCUGCAGCUGGAGAUGGUAGUUGUUGCAGUCUAGAUGACAUGGUCUUCAUUGUUUCAGGCUUAGUUAGUUUAGUUAGAUUAGUUCCAUCACCGGUGAGGAUAGCUUGAAGCUCCCGAAGGGAGGACCGUGAUCUUUAUCCCAAAAACUAGAAUACAGAACAGGUGUAAGUUACAAUCAAGAAGAAAAACCAAAAACGAGCCUUUACCAAAUAGUAUUCAAAAACUAAAAGUAGAUGGCAAGGGUAAAUUAAAUGGAAUUAAGAUUUAUACUACUAGUUAAAAUUUGAUUACUAAACGUGCAUAUUUGUAAAUUAAAAAGAUAUAUGUAAAACUAAAAUAUCAGAACACAUGCUUUGACAUUGGAGGUAAGGUAUAAGAAAAAAGCUAUGCUACAUGCUAGGUAUGCAUGUAGGAAUAUAAUGAUUGUAAUAAUUAGAAUUUUUAGUAUUCUUACCCCAAGAGAAAGGUCGUCUAUUGAAUAAAAAUGAUUUAUUUCCAAGCUUCCUUGGCUUUUAUGAGUUUACCACCACCAUUUUGAGAAUUGAGAGACGAAGUGUCACUAUCAUGACAGUAGGACGUAGGAGGUGGCAGGCAUGUUCCGUAUUAAAAGACAGAUAUCUACAGAGUAAGAAUAUAUGAAAUACGUUCCGUAUGAUGAUUUAGAUUUUAGUUGAAAAGAGAGAUAGGAAAUAGAGGAUAAUAAAAGAGGGCGCCAACGAGUUUUUAACGAACAAACCAGGUAAAACAAAUAGAAGAAAAUUAAUACUGAUGAAAUAUUUAAGAAAAUAAAAUAGAAUAAUUAUUUAAAAAUAAAAUAGCAAAGACGUGACGUUUGUAACGUUACACAUCGAAGGAAAACGGUCACCGUACACAGAAUCCAAGCGCUGCGCUGUUUGAUUUCGCUUCGCGAUUUCCUUUCCAAGAACGAGAAUCGUAUCAUAUUGAAACGAUGUUUAUCAUAGUCAAAAAUAAACUUAUUCAAAUCCUCCUUUUAUUAAACAAAAUGAUAUUUUCAAACUUGCAGACCAACUCAAUGCAAACUUGCAGACACAAUGUUAUUAUGUGUGGUAUAUUUUGCACGUAUAUUAUCCUUACUUAUCGAAUCGUAGCAAUUUGCGGUAGAAAUAAGCCAUGAUUUUAUUAGGUGUAUUGUUCUAUAUAUUAGGAAUUUGGUUAAUUUUGAGGAAGCAAUUUUUUAAUGAUUUAAUUGGUUACCUCUUUAUACUCUUCAGAAAUGCCACUUAACCUCUAAAAAUCAUAGGAGCAAGCUGAAUUUUGCUAAGAAUGUGAAUUUUGGGACCCCAAAAAUAUGCAAAAACGUUUGCCACUCCCGGGCUUCAUCCUAACCGCCCCCCCCCCUGAUACGGUUGGGGUAAACGAAGAAGAUCCAUUUACCAAGAAUAUGUAAGCCGUAGAAAAAAAUGUUCCAAAACAAGAAAUGUAGUUAAGAUAAUAAAAAUAUUUGUUAGCACUUUUUGUAUAGAAUGUGUAAUACACGCGCGAAAUUAAUUUUUUAAAUAAAAUUUGUAUCAUAGUCAUGUCGCCAGAGGGGGUACAACGGUCUCCUUUAUUCAGAUGGACUUGAUAACAGUUGAUCCGGAUGUCGAUAAGAUUGUUAUAAACAAAGAACUUGAGGAAUUACAUAACAGCGAUUUUUCGCAAAACAAAACAUUUUUAUGUAGUUUUUGGGCCAUUCUAAGCAAAAAAUGUUCGUACAAGUUUUUCGAAGGAUGCAUAGUUUUCGAGAUACAGUUGAGUCCGGGAAUCUUUACCCGUGCGUCAUCAUUUAAAGCAUACGAAAUAAGUCGAUGAUAAGUCGGAAAUUGAAAUUUACUAAACGCAACAGCAAGUGACAGCAAGUCACACGCUGUUGCGUUUAGUAAAUUUCAAUUUCCGACUUAUCAUCGACUUAUUUCGUAUGCUUUAAAUGAUGACGCACGGGUAAAGAUUCCCGGACUCAACUGUAAAUGCGGUUGAACUGUCAAAAAAUUGAAAAAUUGCAAUUUUUGAACCUGAAUAACUUUUGACUAAAUAAUAAAAUAGCAAUUCUGCUUACCGCAUUUGAAAGUUCAAGUUAAAUUCUAUCGGUUUUGAUUAUUUGCAUUGCUAAAAAUUAAUUUUUUUAUUGUUAAACAAAGCUAUAAACACAUAGUGCUUGAGUGAUGUUUUCAAUGCAGUUCUCAUUUAAAAUCAAACGAGUAGGCGCUCCUGCAAACUGCCAAUGUCUAUAAAUACAUAGUGUUUCCCGUGCCUAAUACAUGCUACGUAGAAAUUGCCUGUUUGUAGGCUUGCCUACUCAUUUCGAUUUUAAAUGAAAAAUGCAUUGAAGACAUCACUCAAGUACUAUGUGUUUAUAGCUUUGUUUAACAAUAAAAAAAUUAAUUUUUAGGAAGGCAAAUAAUCAAAACCGGUAUAAUUUGACUUGAACUUUCAAAUGCGGUAAGCAUAAUUGCUUUUUAUUUUUUAAUCAAAAGUUAUUCGGGUUCAAAAAAUAAAAUUUUUCGAUUUCAGGAAAGUUCAACCGUGUUUAUCUCGAAAACUAUGCAUCCUACGAAAAAACUUGUAAGAACAUUUUUUGCUUAGAAUGACCCAAAAAAUACAAAAAAAUGUGUUGUUUGCGAAAAACUGCUGUUAUGUAAUUCUUCAAGUUCUUUGUUUAUAACAAUCUUAUCGACAUCCGUAUCAACUGUUACCCAAAAAAUUCGUGUUCUACGGGUCAAAAUACAUAAAAAAACUUGGGUAAGUCCAUCUGAAUAAAGGAGGCCAUUGUACCCCCCUGACGACAGAACUAUCAACUGGACGGUAUUAAUUCUAUAUCUUUUGAUCAGAGUGUCCUAUUGAUAAAAAUCAAAAUGCGUUUAAAUGGUAGAGAGAGUAGCUUUCGUAUGCAAUUUUUGUAUUUUGCCGCAAAUGAAGUAGGUUUCUAUAAAGCUGUUAAAUAAUAAAUCAAAGUUGCGCGAUUUUGGCAUUUUUUACGAUUCUCACGAGAUCAAUAAAAUGUAUCACUUCCAUUGACCGGAUACUAUGGAAUUUUCAUUGUUCCAUUGUUCUGUUCAAACUUGUUAUACUCAAACUGUACCCUGUUUUUAAACCAGGCGGAGUAAAUCCAAAAAACAGAUUCAGACCCAAUAAUGUCACUAAAAAAAUCACCAAAUACAUCUUCUUUUUUUGUUGAUCACAUCGGUCUUCGAAGAUAAUCCAUAAAUAUUAUAACCAUACUAAUACGUAGCUAAAGAGUUCUAAAAACAAAUGUUUUUUUAUAUAAAAGCAGACUAAAAAUCUAAAAGUUAAAGAAAUAACGCAGAAAACAGAAAAAAUUGCCGAUAAACCGAAUUCGCUUAGCCGAGACACAACUGUCUAGUGUUGUUGGUAAUUUCUUUUUUGGGUAGUUAGGUUGCUAGACGUGACUGGAAAUUACUACACAAACAAACUUACCCGCUCACAGCCAAUAUUAUUAAUAGUAAACAGACAUAAAUAACAUAUACAUUACGCCAAUCAAUAAAUAUUUAUUUACACCAUUAUAAUGUAUGGAUAACAAAUGAGCAAAUUAUUUAUUGAAAAAAAUAAAAAUAUUUUGUAGAAAUAAAUUUCACAAAAUUUCACUCCCACUAUUUUCAAUAAUUCUUCUUUUUUUAGUGAAAGAUUAAGUUGAUUUGAGAAUUUGAGCAUUUAAUAGAGUGCGGUAGGAAUUUUUGUGCUUCCUAUUCCCCAUGUGUCAAAGGGAAUCUCGGCAAAGCGAAUUCGUUAUUGAGACCAUGCAAGUUCGGAAGAGCGACACCUGGUUUCAUAGCUCUGCAACAUUUUUAGCACUUUUAAUUAUAUUGGCCAAUUAUAUUAGUCGUGGUUACGGGAUAAUUGUCAAGGCCAUAGCCCAUAAAAGAAUGAGAAGAAAAAGUAAGAUUGAAUUGAAGUUAUGUUAUUAAAAGGUAAACAUUGUACUACAAACAAUAUACCAUUAAUUAAAUUCACUUUAAUAAUUGCAUACCUAUCAUAGCAAUAUUGUGGAACAACAUAUAAUUUUUACAAUUUAUAACACAUUUGCGAAAUCCCAUUUUCUUCAAUGACAGUAGGUAUGAAAUAUACGUCAAUUUGACAAUUUCAAUUAACGAUAUGAAUUAUUUAAGAAAUAUAUGUUAAGAAAGUUGCAAGAUUUGUCCGCUAUACGCGCACGAUCGUUUCUCGUAUCCCCUGCAAGUACUUGCACACAGCGAAUAUAACUUAAUUAACCUAUGAAGUGCCAAUAGUGUCAAAAUUUCAUAAAUGUCAAUAGUGUCAAAAUUUCAUAACAGUGGAGUAAACUUGACUGAGGUUGGACCAAUUAUAAACAAGCAUUACAGCGCGGUAAAUUUGAAUUACUCCUUCCAGUUUAACAACAGGGUACUUAUAGAAGUAUUGUGAUACUUAUAUGUAGUAUUUUUACUAAUAGAGAGUAUGUUAUAUUAAUAUCACUGAAUUGUGGGUUCAUAAAUAAUUUCUUAACAAUAACAUGUUUACUGUGGUUAGGUAUUUAUCUAACUGGAUAUCUAACAACAACUUGUUUACAAGUGGUUAUUUAUCUAUAGGAGUUGGAGUUUAUAAAAUUAGGAUAUUAUAUUUCCGAACAAAUUUUACACCAAAAGACGAUAGCAAAGUUUUUUAACACUAACUGAAAUACUAUAAACAAUCUUACACAGAAAUUAUAAUAGGCCUUUUCAUCAAAAAUUGUAUUCGCCAUUUUUUUCGUAUUGUUGUAAACAAGCUUGUUAGGUUAGUAAUGCAAUGUAAAUAACAGUAAAGUAUCUGUAAACAUAUAAUUAAGAAAAAAAAUACUUAAUAAAGUUUAGUUAUUGAAAAAAUAAUUCGAAAAUAAAGAAUAAAGUGCCUCAAUUAGCAAGUCAAUUGUUUACUCCAUCGAUUAUUAUUAUGAUACCUGUACGAAAAGGAACAACUAAGGUGCCGUUACGGAGUAUGUAAAAAUGAUACACGCUAUAAAUCAUAUAAAAGCAAUACACAGUAUUAUUUUAGAAAUUUUCAAUAGCCAAAAAUUUCUUUAUACACAAUCUUGUGUUAUACCAUACCUAUAAUAUUUUAUUUGUAUUAAAUACUAUUCAGUAGGUACCUGUAUUUGUCAUUUUUAACCGUAAUAGUUAUUUAUGAUAUAAGUGUUAAAAGAACACGUUUAAGGCACGCAUGUAUAGCGAGUUCUGCAACACGCAUGUAUAGCGAGUUCUGCAAUUCACAUGAGUGCCUUAAAAAUGUACUUUUUAACACGCAUAUCAUACAAUAUUUUUUCUACAAACGUAAUUACAGGACAAUAUCUACAAAAAUUUUUACUUGAACUUGACUGACAUUCCAUUUUUAUAUUUUUUUGACAUUACAUCAAAAUUGCCUAUACGGUCAAUACGAACUGCAGUGCCUUAAAAUUUUUUUAAAGCACUAGUGCCUUAAAGUAGCAUUUUUAACGCUCGUAUGGAGUGCUAAAAAUUGCAUUUUUAACACGGUUGUAGAAAAAAUAUUAAAUGAUCUAUUUUAUUGAUUAUACACUAUAAUAAUAUUAUUGUUAAUAAAUUGUAUUUCGAUGUAAUGGGAUGAAAGUAAUAAAAAUUGAUUGACCUCAUUAAUUAGAAUAAAAAAUUAUAGAUAUUAUUUGUAUAGUACCUAAACAAGUAACAAAGAAAAAUAUCUCUGACAAGUAAUGAUGCCUAACCUCUCAAUUGUUGAUCAAAAGAGUAGGAAAAAAAUGCACGCGCUCAUCACAUGAUGAAAAAGCCUACAUAACAUUUCUAGUACCUAACAAAAAUAGAAUUCAAAACUCUGACAGUUCGCAUUCAGAAGACGAAAAAGUGACGGAGCGGUUCCGCAACUGUUGGGAAUUCGUUCUCUGAAUGUGGCGCUACUUGCGGAACGGUCGCCAUGACAGUGAGCUCAUUUUAAUUCCGCUACCUCCGUCCAACGUACAUGUAUGCUACUUUUGUGAAUUUGUCAAGAGACUUGUUGAAAGAUGGCGUCAAGUACUAAUUAUCAAUUGGAAAAUAGCGCAGACCGUAAACAAUCCAUGGUCUUUGACCAUGAUUAUGAAGUAAAAAACAAUUUAUUGUGCAGAGGCAAGUAUAUAACUUCACAUGUAACAGAAAGAAAUGAUAGGUUGUCACCAAUUUAGGGAGCGAAGGGUUCACAGGACGAAACACAACUGUUACCCCUCCGUCGGGAACGGCUCCCUCACUUUUUCGUCUUCUGAAUGCGACCACUAUAUGGCAUAUGUAAGAUAACGAAGGCUAAAGUGUGGUAAAAUUUAGAUACGUAGUGAUGAUGUAAAAUGUACGUCACAACUAUAAAGAAUGUCAAAUUUAAUAUUCAUGUCCAAUUAUUUAAGUAAGUACAUAAAAAGACAUGACCUCAUGAAAUUCCAUUUAAAUGAUUGUGGCUCUAUUCUACUCUGAGGACCUUUACUAUUGUAAAACUAUUAGUAAAAGCUUUUAGUUGCGUUAGUAGUUAAAAAAACUAUUUUAUCUACUUUAUCUCAUAUUAUGUUUAAGUUUUUAGUUUGUGAAAACUGUCAUUAUAGAUAGCAGUGCGUGAAGGAUUUAAAGUGUGCGUGAAGUAACAAUGUAUUUUAAAUAAAAUUUACUUUUUCGCACUGUUUUUUGGCACACUUUCAUAUAAUCAAAUAUGCUUAACUUUCGAGUUGUCAUGGUGAUGACAUAUUUGAGCAAUAAAUUACAACAAAAGUUUUGACAGUUUUCUGGUUUGAAAGAAGUUAGAAUUUUUAAAUGUCAAAGUUCUAAACAUUGUAGAAUAGAAAUGAAUUCCAGUGACGAAGAGUUGCAGAUUUUUUAUUUGUUUAUCGUAGAUAAAAUAUUGUAUGAAACUGUGCGUGAAGUACUUUUUGCGAACUUACACGAUGUAUAGCACGAGCUCCGCUGUCGCUCGUGCUCUAAACAUCGCGUGCGUUCGCAAAAAGCAUACUUCACGAAUUGUUUCAUAAAUAACUAUUAUAUUAUCUCAAUAUUAAAGGGCUGAUCCAAACAUAAAGGCGAAUACUUUUAUACCGAAUCUCUUCGAAAAGUCAAAUUUUUAUUUUUUGUAGGUACUUGUUAAUACAGACCAAUAUUGACUUAAGUGUUUUAUGUUUCUCGAAACUUUAUAUAUAUUAUUUGUUGUCAACUAUUUAUGUAUGUGUAAUGUAAAUAUAUUUACAUCACUAUGUAAUAUUUAUAAGGUACAUGUUUUUAUAUUGUGAGAAUGUUUGUAAAUAGGUGAAUGACAAUAAAUUAUAUUUUUAUCUGGC